AUGGUCCCAAAAGAAGCCCAUCAGUAUAUGGGGAUUAUCCGUUUGCUUCUUCACUUUCGGUGGACAUGGGUCGGGCUCCUUGCUGUGGAUGAUGAGAAUGGAGAACAUUUCCUACAGACUCUGGAGCUCAUGUUUUCCCAAAAUGGAAUCUGUUCAGCCUUCACAGAAAGAAUCCCCAAACUAAUUACCUUUGAUACUGCAGGAGACAUCUAUGCUGUAAUUGAAACUAUUUAUGUACCUUUCACAGAUAAAAGAGUCAGUGCAUUUAUUCUCUAUGGAGAAUCCUUGACGAUUAUAUGGCUGAGGUUUUUUAUAUUUCUCCGAGAUCCUAGAAAUGAAGAAAAUGCAUCAUUUAGAAUAGUUUGGAUUAUGACAACGCAGAUUGAUUUCAUAUUAACAGGCCUUCAAAGGGGCUCGGAUUUUCAUCUAUUCCAUGGUGCCAUUUCUUUCACUGUCCAUUCAAGGGAGAUCCAUGGGUUUAAGGAAUAUCUUCAGAGGAUCAAUCCUUACAGGAUCCAAGGAAAUGGUUUUCUCAGGGACUUUUGGGAGCAAACAUUUGACUGUUCAUUUCCAGAAAGUAUGGAUCUCAUAAAUGUCGACGGAGCAUGUACUGGGGAGGAGAGGCUGGAGAGCCUUCCUAUGGCAGAGUUUGAAAUGCAGAUGACUGGCCAGAGCUAUGGUGUUUAUAAUGCUGUCUAUGCUGUGGCACAUGCUUUGCAUGUCCUUUCCUUAUCUACAAUGAACCACAGGAAUAAGGUCAGGAAUAAAUGUUGGGAACUUCAGAAUCUCCAGCCUUGGGAGCUCCACCCAGUUCUUCAAGGCAUUUCAUUCAAUAACUCAGCAGGAGAAAUUGUGUCUUUUAGCCAUGAAAAGGAAAUGGGAGGUGGAUUUGACAUCAUGAACAUGGUGGUUUUCCCCAACAGCUCCUUCCGUCGAGUGAAAGUGGGAAGUGUGGAUCCCAAUGCUUCUGAAGGAAAAGAAUUCACCAUUAAUGAGAAUAUAAUUGUGUGGCACCGAGGUUUUAACCAGGGGCUUCCCCUUUCUGUGUGCAGUAGUUCCUGCCAUCCUGGGUAUCAAAAGAGAAUCAAAGAAGGAGAGAAAUCUUGCUGCUACAGUUGUGCUCUGUGUCCAGAUGGGAAGAUUUCCAGCCAAAAGGACAUGAUCAACUGUUUCAAGUGCCCAGAAAAUCAGUACCCCAACAAGGACAGAAAUGAAUGCAUCCCCAAAACCAUGAGCUUUCUGUCUUAUGAAGAGCCUUUAGGGAUCACUUUAGCUUCCAUUGCUGUAACUUUCCCCCUGAUUGCUGCUUUGGUCCUUGGGAUUUUUAUUAAACAUAAAGACACCCCCAUCAUCAAAGCCAACAACCGGGAUCUUACUUACACACUCCUUGUCUUCCUACUAUUGUGCUUCCUCUCUUCCUUGCUGUUCCUUGGCGAACCUGGGAAAGUGGCAUGCCUGCUGCGACAACCAACUUUUGGUAUCCUCUUCUCAGUGGCCAUUUCCUGUGUGCUGGCAAAAACCAUCACUGUAGUUCUAGCUUUCAUGGCCAUAAAGCCAGGGUCUAGGAUGCAGAAGUGGCUGGGGAAAAGACUGUCCCGUUCCAUUAUCAUUUCCUCCUCCCUUAUUCAAGCAGGCAUUUGUGCUGUGUGGCUGGCAACCUCUCCCCCAUUCCCUGAUUUGGACAUGCAUUCCCUAACUGAAGAAAUCAUUGUGGAAUGUAAUGAGGGGUCCAUCACCAUGUUCUAUUCUGUCCUAGGCUACAUGGGCUUCCUGGCCAUCGCCAGCUUCACUGUGGCUUUCUUUGCCAGGAAGUUGCCGGACAGUUUCAAUGAAGCCAAGUUCAUCACCUUCAGCAUGUUGGUCUUUUGCAGUGUUUGGUUGUCUUUCAUUCCAAGCUACCUGAGCACAAGAGGAAAAGAGAUGGUGGCUGUGGAGAUCUUCUCCAUCUUGGCCUCCAGUGCUGGCUUACUGGGUUGCAUCUUUUCCCCUAAAUGCUACAUCAUUGUGCUCAGGCCCCAGUUGAACAACAGGGCACAACUGAUAAGGAGGAGGAAUUAA